AUGACCACUGAGUCUCCUCAAGCCGGCGUGCGCGUCGCAACUACCCUUCCAGCCCUUUCUCUUCGCCAGAUUCUCCUCGUACACCUCAUCAUGUUCCAAGAGGCGCUAUUCGGCUGCCAUGUCUUCGGGAUAAGGAUAUCAUGGCUAAACCGACCGUCACGAUCCGGUGUCCCGACAGCGGUCUUUGACUACGAUCGAUCGAAAUUUGGGUGCCCGGAUACAACACGACUGAGCUCAGGGAGUGAAUAUCGCGCAGUGAUCUUCAAGCACUAUUGCGAGACGUUCUGCGUCAUGAUGAAGCCUUUCGUCACCCGGCACCUCUGUGGUAAGGAACAAGGCCCGAUGGAUAAGCUUCUCGGCAUCGGCCACACGGUUACGUGGAUCAAUUUCAUAGCCAAACCGCAUUUCCACAUACUCGCAGAUUGGGCAGAGAUGGAUCAAUUGAUAUCCCACUCCUGUCUGUUGGUAUCCGAUGGUAACGGUGACAAGCACGUCUUGGAUGGCACUGCCGAUCAAUAUGGACGAAACUGGAAGACACAUUGGUUCAUGGCAGCGAAGGAGCUUAUUGCAAACUUUCUGGACCCUGACCACUCGGAUCCUAAGAAGCACAUUUGGGUGACGAACGAAAAUGGGGAGAUCACUGUGUGCGAGAGGCUUGAAGGCAAAGAUUGUAGCCACGGAGAACGGACGGUUGGGUACUGGGUAGUCGCGCGCAGGCGUAUGGAGCAGAUAUUCCAGGAGCUGAACUGGACAUCUCUCCGUGGGCUGUCGGACGACGAUGUGGAGGAACGUAUCCGUUCCCUGAGCAAGGCCAAGUUCGAGGGGGCAUUUGAGGACGCGCAGUCGAAAUAG